CGAGCAGCACAGCACAGCGCACAGUCAGCGACGAGACGACUUCAUAUGCCAGCGAUAGAUCCGUCCUUUAGGAAGCUGCCGAUAAAGUCGACGCCAUGACCUAGCGUGCGAAUCAGAGAGAGCACGGCUGGCCGAACGUUCUGAGAAAUGACGGGCGGAGUUGAUAUCACGUGAGUCAUCCCGUCGGGAUUUCUUUUGCGGUCUUGAUCAUUGGUUCUCUUUGACUCGACUCUCAAUUCGUUCUGCUCGAGGUUCUCGUGGCCUUACUUCACAAUGGCGUCCUCGCUGUCAAAGGGGCCCGUCUUUACGGCCGUCCGCUCCAAUAACGCCGUUUUCCAACUGUACUCCUGUCAAUGCCGGUUUCUUUCGCAGUCGUCCCAUCGCAGUGCCAUGCGGGGGAUUCCCGAAAACAUUUCCAUCAAACAACCAGCUCAACCAAGUAUGGCGACGAGGGGGAUGGGUCUGUCAAGGUCUGAAUUGCCUCAGGAUAUUGGGUUGCUGCCAGGCACAUACGUUCGCCCGCUCUGGAGGGAUAUGCCUUCGAUCUUUCAACAACCGCGGGAGCGUCUGCAAUUGGAGUGGCUUUGGUUGAAAUCGGGAUUCCAGAAUUUCUUGGGUCUUGUCGCUUAUUGCAAAUGGUUUAAUUCUGGGUUACCGCUCCGUCUGAAGGAGCGUCGGCAGGCUGCUCGUGAGCUCCACCAGCGCAUGUACUCUGCGUUCGCUAAGGGAGACAUCAGUACCCUGCGCAAGGUCUGCUGCACCGGCCUUGCCAACAACCUUUCCUCCCGUAUCGCCAACCGCCCCAGGGAUGAGAAAGUCAGCUGGUCUCUUGACAAAUACAACCGCACUCCAGCAACUCUUCUCACCGGAAUCCGUGUGUUGUCGGACCGUGCUACUCAAAUCCCCGAGAUCCCCGAUUCUGGAGUGCGACAGGUCGUGGUGCGUAUCACAAGCAGACAGUCUACUGGGAAGUCCAAGGUGGUCAAGACGGGCAAGUCUGAAGUCUCCGUCGAGUCUACCGCUCCGCCCAAGCAACAAGACUGCACCGAAUACAUUGUUCUCCAGAAGCUUCGGUGGUAUGGCGAGGACGAGGACUGGCGCAUUUGGGGCCACGCUACGCCUACCACUGUGGAAGACCUCGCCAACCCCAUGUUCGUCUCCGGACUGACGUUUGCAGAGCGUAUGGAAGCCAUGAAGGAACAGUUUCAAGGAAAGAAAUAAGCCCCAUCAUACGCAGAAAUCACGCCAAUAGCUGUAUAACGAGCCCCUAAUGGCUAAGAGGUAGAGCCCAGACUCCUGGCACUCAUCUCCAGAAUGAGCGAGAGGCAUGUCAUUGCCUCGUCACGACGUACAAAAAGUGCCCUGGCUUUUCGUUGAGAAUGUCAUCUCACUUCAUCUUUCCCCCUUACAGGAUCAUGCUGUGCCUCUGACAGCCAAUUUCGAUUCUACCCGUGUCUUAAAACUACCCCAUGUUCCCGGGUUUUUGCAUUCUCACCAUGUAUUCAGCGGGCUCUCGAAGGACUUCGCAUUGCCACACUUCAUCAUUUGUACUAUAUCCGGUUUUUGCUGUCAUUUUCCAACUUGUAAUUAUCCAACAGGCUUCGUCAAUUCAAUCAUAGAAAGAACGUGACAUGAUCAAAACCGAACUGAAGACGACUUGAUUGCGCUAAAUCCACUAGAAUUACAUUAUAGGCAAGUAAUGAUAUCUCAUCAGGAUAUUUCACCGGUCCAAAUAUCACUAUAUACAUACGUUAGAAAAAGGAGGUUGGCUUGCAAGGCAAGGCAAACGAAGAAAGAUGGCCAUGGCCUUUUGUUCUCGAGGCGCAACUAAUCAUCAUCGAAGAUCUGGAAAGUGUUCAAAAGAACCGUCUCUAUAACCCG